AUGUCCUCAUUCUUCUACACAAACGUCGACCGAGGCGCGAAACACUACCCAAUUCCCCAUGGCCCUACUUCAGAUAAAACAGUCGAGAUACUACACAAUCACCGCCUCCUGGCCGAGCAGAUCUGGCCGUCCGAGGCGGUCAAACUAAUCGAUAGCAAUGCAACCGUGACCACAGUCGGGGUUGAAUCCCCCACUCUUAAAUUGAGAGCCACCUUCACCAGCCUUGACAACGGUGUCCUCUUACAGGAGGCAGCAGUAAUGGGUUUUGGUGUUCAGGUCCAGUGGACUGUGGUUGAUAGUGGCGGCCAUAGUACAUGUUCAUCGGUACAGGUCCCUGAGGAGUGUUUGUAUUCAACUGCCUUCUUGGAGGAAAAUGUGCGCGUGUCCUGUCUCAAGGUUGUGGAUCGAUUUUUGAACUUUGCGGAUGACUUCAAUCCGAAAACAAAGUGUCCUAUUGAGUUCUUGGAACGGGUAGCGAAUGGGGAGAUAUCGAUGGAGGAUCUCAAGGUCAUAGGUAGGGGUUGUGGCGGUACUGAAAGGCUAAAACACGAGUGA